AUGAGCGAUGCGUGGGACGGCGCACAGGACGCCAGUGCUGUAACGGGACUCCUCGAAGCGGCACUGGCUUUCAGUAGCUCGGCAGUAGCCGCUGUUGUCGGUCGAAAGAUAUACGUCUGCGUCAACUCGCGCGCCGAUGCAUCCGACGUCUAUCCCGUUCUUCUGAAGAUUAAAGAGCAUCUGCAUUAUCUCAGCGAGGAUGACAAGAAGGAGAUGGACGCUGCGAAGGAUCCUGGAAUGCUCUCCAUCAAAGAGCUACUUCGGCGCUUCACGACUGAAAUGCAGAAAUACGCGUACUACGAGAUUCAGUGCUCGGAAACCAAGUAUUGGGAUAGAGUGUUCGAGGCCCAAGCGACCCAGAUCCGCGACGAUGUGCAGACGCUUUUGAAAGAUGUUCUGUCGACAACAGGGAGUCCUGCACGGAAACGCGCUAUAGAGGAAAGACUGCGACGCGAGGCGGCUGAUCGGGCCGCGGGAGCGUCGCCUGCGGAUAGCGUGGCUACUCACUACAUCGCAGAAGCCGGUCCAGUUCUUGAGCUCGACAACCUACCGCUUCCAGCCACCACUUCUGGCACUGAGCCCUCCAGAGUUACCUUAUGGCCCCGCAUCAGCCUCUCUGCGUUCACUUGGAUUGGUGAUGCGAUCAGACAGAUGCCUACUACCAUCGCGUAG